AAGAGGCAGAGCCCAGUCUGUGUGCCUUCACUGACAGAUAACAACACUCUCCAGAACUGCCUGUUACAGUGGCAUCAUGGGAAAGCAGAAGAUCAUCCUGGACAAGUUGGCACGGAUCUUCUAUAUCCGUAAUUUGCUUCUGCGCCAGGCUCUAGCUGAGUGUCUGGGGACCCUCAUCUUGGUGAUGUUUGGCUGUGGUGCAGUGGCCCAGCUGGUACUCAGCGGUGGCUCCCAUGGGAUGUUCCUUACUGUGAACUUUGCUUUUGGUUUUGCGGCCACCUUGGGCAUCCUGGUAUGUGGACAGGUUUCAGGAGGUCACCUCAACCCUGCUGUGACCUUUGCCCUGUGUAUUCUUGGGAGAGAUCCUUGGAGGAAGUUUCCGGUCUUUUUCUUCUUUCAGACUCUGGGUGCCUUCCUCGGCUCAGGAAUAAUCUUUGGCAUGUACUUUGAUGCACUGUGGGACUUUGGACAAGGGAAGCUGAUUGUGGUGGGACAGAAUGCCACAGCCGGGAUCUUUGCCACAUACCCCUCCAAGCAUCUCACUCUGGUGAAUGGCUUCUUCGAUCAGAUGAUUGGUACUGCUGCCCUCAUUGUGUGCAUAUUGGCCAUUGUGGAUCCAUACAAUAACCCUAUACCUCGGGGCCUGGAGGCCUUUACUGUGGGAUUUGUGGUGCUGGUCAUUGGCCUCUCAAUGGGAUUCAACUCUGGAUAUGCAGUCAAUCCUGCGAGAGACCUAGGGCCUCGCCUGUUCACUGCUCUUGCUGGAUGGGGCACUGAAGUCUUCACUGCCAAAUCCUACUGGUUCUAUGUGCCCGUUAUUGCUCCAUUGCUGGGGGCGUUUAUCGGUGUGUUGGUGUAUCAGCUGAUGGUGGGCUACCAUGUAGAGGGAGAGGUGCGGGACAAGGCAGAGCUGGAGGAGGAGAGUGUCAAGCUGUCCGAUGUGAGCACCAAGGAAGCUGAUUGAGCUGCCAUAAUCAUGUCCAUCCCCCUACUCCACUUGUUCUACUUCAACCAGCAAACUGACCUCUGACCUUCAGAUAGGCCAAUCACUGCAGUGCUAUACAGACCCAUUCAGACUUCUGAAUCAAACCAGGUCCCACUUAGUCCCAUUGCGCUGGGAUCAAUGGUCACAGGACUGCAACAAGAUAUCUACUCACCUGUACCUAUGAAGCUGCUCAGUGGUAAAAUGAUCAUGAAUCCCAACACAAUUUUUAUAGGGACACUUAGGCUAUUAUUGGAACAGAUUAAUUAUAUCCUUUACACAGGACAUUUAAUUAACACUUACUUGAAUGGCUGGAGUUGACAUGAAUGAAAUUCACAGAAGAUUACCCGGUUUAAUCUGUAUUCUAGGAUUUCACGUUUUUCAUCGUAUGAAACAUAUUUGCUUACACAUAAGGGGAUUAUUUUCAUCUGAGCAUGCUUCUAACAGUGGCAGUAACAUGGCAAAGAUAUUUGCUAAAUUAGCUAAAAGAGUCUCAACUGUGUGUUUUUUACACAAUAAAAUGCUUAGUGUUCAUUUAAUUUUAAGAGGUCAUAAGAGUCAAAUAUGGAUAAAAUAUGCAUAAGCAUAGUCGGUUUUACACUGAACAUCUUAUAAUUACUGUGUGCUUGCACAUCAAUUGUUGUAUAACCCCCUUUCUGUGUUUUUUUU